GCCACAUCACUAUUUAAUCCGCAACAUGAAAACAAUUCCCGUCUUUGUGUGGAUAAUUCUGCUCCAUGAAGCCUCCAGCGACUGUGGCUGCCAGAAACUGGACCGGAAGGCGGAUGAGGAUAAGGCGGCGCCACUCCCGGACCAAGUGUGCCAGCAGCGGGCGCAGGGCGGUGCGAGCCACUACCGGGAUUACUACGGCGAACUGGAGGAGCCGGAGAUCGCGGACAUGUCGCUCAUUCCGGGCGGCAGAUCCGUUUACAUGGGCACCGACAAUCCGCACUUUCCCGCGGACAGGGAGGGUCCCGAGCGGCAGGUGAAGCUGGAGGACUUCUACAUGGACAAGUACGAGGUGUCCAACGAUGCCUUCGCCAAGUUUGUCCGGGCUACAAACUACUCAACGGAGGCCGAGCGCUUCGGCGAUAGUUUCCUGUUCAAGAGCCUCCUGAGCGCAGAGGAGCAGAAGCGCCUGGAGGACUUCCGCGUGGCCAGCGCCGUCUGGUGGUACAAGGUGGCCGGGGUGAGCUGGCGCCAUCCCAACGGAGCGGACAGCAAUCUGGACAACCUGGGCCGGCAUCCGGUGGUCCAUGUUUCGUGGCGCGACGCCGUGGAGUACUGCAAGUGGGCGGGCAAGCGCCUGCCCAGCGAGGCGGAGUGGGAGGCAGCCUGUCGCGGCGGCAAGGAGCGCAAGCUGUUCCCCUGGGGCAACAAGCUGAUGCCCAGGAACGAGCACUGGCUGAACAUCUGGCAGGGCGACUUUCCCGAUGGGAACCUGGCCGACGACGGCUUCGAGUUCACCAGCCCCGUGGAUUCGUUCCGGCAGAACGUCUACGACCUGCACAACAUCGUGGGCAACGUGUGGGAGUGGACGGCCGAUCUCUGGGACGCCAACGAUGUGAGCGACAACCCCAACCGGGUGAAGAAGGGCGGCUCCUACCUGUGCCACAAAUCCUACUGCUACCGAUAUCGCUGUGCGGCACGUUCGCAAAACACAGAGGACAGCUCGGCCGGCAAUCUGGGCUUCCGGUGCGCCAAGAAUGCGUGAUAGUGUACC